GUCGUAAUCGGUGAUAGAGGCAUGGAUAAUGCCAGCUUUAACAAGGGUUCCACUUUUCCAAGAAAGAAGAAAGACUCGAGUUACACAACAACCUUGCAGUUGCUGGGGUUAGAUGAGGACUUGGAGGCCAGCAACAAGGACCUGACCAUGAGGAAAGGAGCCUACUCAGGUCUACUUUGUUUGCGUCACUUGAGAAUUAGAGAACUGCAGGUUCACAAUGCACAAUUUAUGGAGUUUGCAGAGGUAGAAAAUCAUGAUGAUUUUUACACCACGGAAGAUUUAUACAUCCACACACAGGAUCAGCGAGGGGCAUUUGUGAUGUAUGAUAUAGCUCUCCAAGACCUGAAAGAGCUAGAAAACCAGCUUUUGCUUGUGGCAACCCAGUACAUCGAGGCAGAGAAGGGCCACAAAGCAUGCAGUGAUUCCAGUAGUAGUAGCUGCUCAGAGUGGGCACAUGCAUCAGUAGAUCGAUCUGCAGUACUGCUUGACCUUUGGACUUGUGAAACAGCUUUCUUAGAAAAUAAAUGGCAGCUCCUGGAUAGUUACUUCGAAGUCUACCAACAUGCUCUAGAUUCAGAGGAAAGAUUUGCUCUGGCCCAAGUAAUAACUGACAUCAUGUACAGACGCCCUCGAUUUGAUUUCCACCUUGGGUAUUUUGUGAACAUCUAUAAAGAUGAGUGUGCUUGCCUCAGGCUUCAUCUACAGUUGGCGAGGGACAUAGUAAACCAACAGAUCGAUAACCAGCGUGAAUAUAACCAUAGGAUUUGGCGUGAUGGUUGCAAAGGUGGCAUCUAUGAAUUUGGUUUCCCCCCAUAUAUAGUUCAAAAGCAAUUAAUUGCUUUGAAUAACAGUCCUACGACUUUGAAGAAUAUUUAUUUAUUGGAGUUCCACCCCUCCCUUGGCCUGGUAUCUUUAAUUCCUAAAGCUGUGGGUCAUGUCCUCCAGGAGUUCCGGCAGAUUUGCAAACCAAAGACAGCCAGUGAGGCAAUUAAUCUGGAGAAACAUGUGCUUCAACUUGCGCUGGACACUUGGCUGACCUUGGAAAGUCCAGAGUCUUUUUAUGGUUCUCAAAUUCAGAAAGAUUUAUUCACAGGUGUUGUGGUUGAAGAUCCUUCUCUUGUCAGAAGCAUUGCUUUGUCUGCACUGAAAUCAACAGCAGAGGAAGAACAGAAACAGAGCAAAGAAAAGCAGGGUUUUAUUCUGAACGUCUUCUCAAGACUCCUUGAGCUUCUAACCCUUCGUCAUCGAUUGAUAGAGGCAGCAGUAGAGAGUGCACAGCUGGGCAGACUGUACAAAGAAUUUGCGGGAGAAAUGGGCUUUGAUGAGUUCCAUUUGUAUUUAAGACCUGUGUACUUUGAAUUUGCAACUCACAAAGAGACAGCAGACCAGCCCUCCCCAAUAUUCAUUACUUCUCUUUUAGAGCACCACGACAAUAGUGUGGAUAGAUACAUUCCAUCCAACUUAAUGUUAACCAUCCAGGAUAUUGACAAUCAAAUUGGAAAGUUUAGCUUUCGCACAAGAGAGAGCAUUCUUCAGCUCUUAUUGACGCAGUAUGGACUGGAAAACUUGCAGAUUACUCUUGCCUGUCAAGUCACUCAUAAAAACACUCUCCUUGUUGCUGUUCAGCAGGCUGCAUUUUGCCCUGUGAUGCAGCCCACACGAACGGUGGACGUAAAGGAAGGAAGCAUGAGUCUGAGGAGUCAGAGCAGCUCAGCAAGUGGAAGAAGUUCUAUAGCUGGGAAUGAAAUAGAAGACCAAUUCGUUGCUAUAGCACCACUAAUUUCUUAUUCUGCUGGGCAUUUUGCAACUGGACAUUCCAGCUUAAAGAGGCCUCCAGAAGCUUUUGUUUCCAUUCAGUUGGAGAAACAGGGUCCACGGGACAUGAUGCUGAACACAUUUAUUCAAAAGAAACAAAUCCUGGGAAGUAGAAUGCAAAAUCCUGAUGAAGUUGAAAAAGUCAAAAGAGAAGUUAUUGUUGAAUACUGCCAGAAGAUCAGCCAUCGUAUAUCACAGUACUCUCUUCGGAGUCAGAUCAUUGCAUAUUACAACAGCAUAAAAGCUAUGCUAGAUGAUUUCCCCAGCAUAAGGGCCAAAUACUUCAUUAUAGGGUCGCCACAAGAGAAGAAAGGAGAAAAAGAAUUAAAAGGAAAGCUUGAGGAUGAUCCCAGAUCAUUCCAGCCACGACCCCGUUGCUUGCUAUCCACUGAUGGGCGAUCCUUCUUGAAUCUGUGGUUCAUCCCACACCCUUUUGAGGUCCUAUUUCUGUUUAAAACGCUACCAGAGAAGACUGGCUCCAGAGCCCUGAAGCAGACCCUGCAAAUUGUGGGCGCUUUCCACGACAUUAUUUCAUACGUUCUCAGCUUUGCUCAACUAGGAAGUGCACCAGGCUGCUUUGAUUACCUGUGUUCUUCUGACCAUCUCACUGCAGACUGGGGAGGGACUGAGCAGAUUGGAAUUGAACUCCAGGAAUUGCAGAAUAAGAUAGACCAUCUUCAUAAUCCCUCAGAUCCAAAUAAAGUAGCUCAGAUGCUGAGCAUGCAUAGAGAAGUUAUGUUUCUGCAGUUCGAUGCAGCUGUCAGACAUUCUAUGCGAGGAGCAUUUUUAUCAUCUGGGAACGUCUCCGCAUAUCAGAGCAUUACAGACAACAUUUGCCAUGGGUUGCCUCCCAUCGGUAACGCAGUUGUUGGAAGCGCAUUUGCUUCCCAGCUCCAUCUUCCACAGCCACUAGAUCCAUGUGGCCACAGAACCCUGAUGUUGUUUCCCUGGAGAUCAUUUCUGGCAAACCAAGGUCCAUUUCCUGUCACUAUUAACAACCUAAAUCCCAUAAACUAUAGCAUGCAGUUAUGUCUGUGUGGACUCAAUGAUGAGGAUCGCAGAGCAGCUCACGGGGAGCUGAUUAGGAUGCAUUUCAUAAUGGACGAUGUGCUCCAGGGUCAUUAUGAAGUUCUGCAUGAUCCCAGAAAACAGCAAACAUCUUCUGGAAAGGAGAAUUCAGCGACCAUAGCUGAAGCAAGCAGAAGGCUUCCACAAGCCCCGCUGGAGCUGCCUGACUCAGUGGCCUCAAGUGCUUUGCAGAGAUCUUACCUUAUCCUAUGGAAGCAACUGGAAAUGUUAAAGGCAGAAUGGGGAAGGCUUAAACUGAAAGUUGAGGAUAUCAAUACAGUUCCUCUCUACAAGCAAUUUUCUGAACUAUAUGGUGCUGAAGUUCUGUACCCUGCUAUGAGAUCUAUUGCCAGACAUAGGGGUAUAGAAGAUGAAUUCGAUGAAUUUGGAGCUUCAUCUCAAUGUAUACUUUCCCCUAAAGAAGCUUCAGAAGUUGAGAUAAAAACACACCAGCUACAAAAACUAUUGGAAAGUCUAGAAAUACACAUGAUCCAUGAUGUACAAAAGAAAAUUAACAAAGAGAUAACACUAGUUAUAUCGGAAAAAACAAGAGAAGAGAGGAACCUCCCUACAGAGCUCUGGAGGCAUAAUAGCAUGCAAGAAAUCUUCUCUGUCACAAGGCCAGAAGUAGCUGAGUCAUUUAUACAGAGGUUAAUGGAAAAUCACAGAGAGACUGAUGCAGAGAUUGCCUUUCAAAAAGACCACUUACAAAAAUGCCUCACUGCUCUAGGUUGUGACAUCAUGGCAAGAGAACGCAGCAACUUUGAAACCUACUCCAUGUUUUAUGAAAAUAUACUCCAUCAGCAACAUCAGCUACUCUAUCAGAAAGAACAAGAAAUGCACACCAUGGAAAACAAGGGAGGAAAUUCCGAGCUGGCUCUUAGUCAGGUAGCAGAACUGAGCCAUGAGAUGAUUAUGGAAGUAACCGCUCUACGAACCAGACUUGCUGAUUUACAAGAAGAAGCUCAGAUUCGCAACGAGAAGAUAAGAAAAGACGUGAAGGAAGAGUAUGAAGCAUUAGUGCAAAACAUGUUUAUGAUGUGCCUGCAGCUAAAAGGGAAGGUGGAUGAAUAUCGCCUAGGCAUGAGCCAUCGCAUUUUAGAGAUAAUCAGUGAAGUGAGAAGAGAAGGGGUAGACAAAAUGAUUGACUUGAAGAAAAAGUUUGGCUCCACGAAAGACAAUGAUGCACUCGAAGAACAUUUGAGUCAACAGGGGCAGAUGCAGGAGUUACGGGAUGAAAACAGCCGGUUGGGGGAGUUGGUUUGCAAACUGAAGACCAUGAGCUGCUGGAAAGAAACAGUGCAAAAAGCACAUCUGUCAGCCGUGUUGAGAGAAGUGGAGAAGGAGGCCAUUCAAAAUAAAAAAGAACGUCUGAAAUCCAAGAUGAUAUGUGAACAAGAGGCAGUUUUAUUUCAUAAGCAACUAAGGGCUGCAAGGAAAGCCUUGGUGCAGACUCAGGCAGAGAAUAAAAAGCUGAGGCGACAGCUAGACAAACAGGGACACUUGCUACAGGAAGCAGAACAUAAGAUGAAUCGAGACGUUCUCAAAAGACAGCAACUAGAUCAGAUUAAGACAGCAAACUUGGAAAGGAUGCUGGAAAACCUUGCAGAGAGAGAACUGAGACUGCAAUGCCUGACAGAGGAAGCUGAGAAAUCGUCUAAGAUAAGGCAGCUUCAGGAGAAAAAAGUUAAAAAAGAAAUCCAGCAAGUAAGAAGCCAGAUGUCCCAGGAACGCAGUUUAAAACUGAAUGCUUUCCAGAGGGUGGAUGAGCUGCAGUGUCAGCUUUAUGACUUGGAAGCUGUGACAUCCCAGAGAACUUCCCCUGCAGCUUUAAGAAGGAAGUCUGCUAAUCUUUCACACAGUGCCAGCAGUAUACAUCACUCUUCUAUAGGGUCUGCUUCAUGGAGCCAAAACACAGGAAUAUCAACAUUCAUAUUAACCAGGGAUUUUAGGCAGCAUCUUUUGCCUGCUGACUCUUUGGGUAGCAGCAAGUCAGAGAAGACUGCAAGACCCAAGACAGUACCUAUUGGGUGGAGAAACAGAGUAGUAAAUGCUCUCUUGCCAGAUCUUACAGAACACUCUAAUUCUACCCCUCCUGCGCAAUUCUGUGAUCAGAAGCCAUCUCAGAAAUAAACUGUUACUACUUUUAAAGUAGUCCACAAACAUUUUGCAUAUCAAGAUAACUGCAUGACAAAGUAUAAAGUGCUCAAACUGAUAAUUUGUUAUUGGUCAGGAUUGAAAAUGGGGUGUU